AUGCAAUUGGACUUUGACGCGAUUGACGAGAGCAUGGUCUGCCAUGACAGUCCAUCCUUUACAAUCUCCUGCGGGACAGUGACACUUGACUUCAAGGCGUCCAAUGUCCUUCUCAUAUUCAAUCAGAAGCUCCAGAUCUACCAGCUCCCCAAAGGUCGCAAGGACAUUGGGGAGGACUUUGUCUCAGCGGCGAUCCGUGAGACGUAUGAAGAGACCGGCUACCGCGUGGAGCUGCUGCCACUCCUGGUUGGAACACGAGCAACUAUCCCUCCACACCACAUGAAAGGACCAGCUCCAGCGAAGAAGGUUGAGGUGGCUACAAAUAUGCUGAACACAGAGCCACUGGCAAUGUGCACAUAUCCCGACCCACAGACCGAGUCUUCGACUCCAGUCCACAAAAUGGUCUUCUAUUAUGCUGCAAGGCUAGAAUCCUCCGAGAUGUCACCAGAGAGUGGAACGCAGAAGAGCCACGAGCGUAUGAUCAACGCCUGGGUAUCGCCAUCCAAGGCCGUGGAUCUUCUGAGAUUCAAGGCCGAGAGAGAUGUUGUUAAGAAGGCGGUAGCCGAUGCAAGAAAUAGCGGUUAUGACAUCCAUCUUUGA